AAGUCGGAGUCUCGCCCAGACAGCGAGAAACUUUCCUCGCUCGCGCGCGGGUCUCUCGCUGGAGUCCUUCGGACAGCAGCAGCAGCCCCCUUCCACUGGCAGGCAGCUGAGCGCCCCGGCUCUGGCAUGCACAGCGCCCGCCUCGACGCCUUCGUGAGCCACCUCCGCGCAGAAGUGCUGUGCAUGAAGGAGUCGAGCGAGGUGCUGCGGGGCCAGAUGCAGUGCAUGAUGCGGACCCUCCACGACCUGAAGAGGGUUCACGACCGAGACAUCCGACUGGAGCCCCAGGAGAUGAGGCCGCUCCCUGCCAUGCCUUCCCCAAAACAGUGUACCAGCCCACGGGUAUCCGCCAUUUCGGAAGCAGACUCUGCCUGUUGCCUGGAGACGGCCGUAGAGGAAGAGGUUGCCUUCUCUCCUCCGAGCAGCGAGCGGAGCUUGGAGUUUGACUCGGGCUAUUCUGAAGUGUCUGGGAGCAGCUGGCGGGAUGAGGAGGGGCCCCCACCCCUGCGAGCCAGCAAGCUUUCCUCGGGGGGCUUUCUGCGCCGCCGGGCACCCACCAGGAGGCCUAGGCCCAAAUCUGCUUCAGAUGCCUGCUUGGAGCGGUGGCGGGAUGUCGAGCCCACAGAUGCCGGGGACUGGACCGUGUCCCUUUUGUCACAGAGCCGCAACCGGCAGCCAUUAGUGCUGGGGGACAAUUGCUUUGCUGACCUGGUUGAGAACUGGAUGGACUUGCCUGAGGAAAGUGGGGAACGGGGGCGACUGCAGCGCUGGCUGGCUAAGCCCCAUGGCUUCCUGCUCAACCUCUCUGGCAAUGUACGCCGCAGGCUGGCUGGCAUCUCGCGCACAGAGCGGGCCAAACAGGACCCUGACGGCACCAAGCGUUUCUCUUGCCCCGCAGGUCUGGGAGGGCGACCUCCAUUACCCUACUUCCACCAGUCCUACGCCAACAUCAGUGAGCUUUCCACAGACUGUAGCAGCUUUGCUGCCCUCAUGAACUGCCGGAGCCGGCAGCCGAUCAUUUGCAAUGAUGUGAUUGGCUACAUUUAGCCUUGCCUCUUUUUUAAAUGCUCGUUUUCUUAAUGGAACAGAUUUAUAUUUUUUACAGUUGUCUGUAAAUAAAUGCCUUUUUUCUACAUUAAAUCUGUCUGGUGUGUGUGUGUGUGCAUGUAAAUGGCAUUGCUUGAUCCAAACUACAUUUUAGCUGUUCUCUGAGUUAACCCCAAGUAAGUCAACACAUCCAGUCUUGUUUGUAGCU